CCUCCUCCUCAUCUACUCGCUCCCUUUGUUGUUGCCAGAAGCCACACGUAUUGCACCCAUCUCGUGGCUGGUGACAGGCUCUGUGCUACUCGGAACAAUAACCCGAGCAGGCAGUAAAAGGGGCAAUCAGAGCAGAGCAGGAGGAAGGGAGGAGCCGGCACACACAAGGCUGGGUGGGGGGGGGUGGUGAUAUACUCCAAUCUCCAGUCCCUUUAUUUCUGGCAUGGCAUUGAGGAUGGAUGACAUCCCCUUGUUCAUCUCAGGCAGCGAGUGAUCUUCUGGGGGAGGUGUAUGCAGCUGCCAUAGAUGAAGGCUUGAUGCUGGACGUCCCUGGUCCCCCUUCUCUGGAGUGACACCUCAUCCACACACGGCAUCCAGGAAGGCAGGGAAUGAAUAGGAACUGCUGGGUGCUGGAGAAUCCACACAGGAGCCUGGCUUCUGAUCUGUACUGCUAUUGAUGCUCCUGGCCUGCUGGAGCAAGCUCUCACCCCCCUGCCUCUUGUAUCACCAGCAUCCCCCUUCACAUCAUGGAAGGAUUGCAUCCUGCUCCCAGGCUGCUGGGACCCCUGGCUUUCUGGUCUACGUCUUCAGCGCUCGUCGUCUUCUUAGCCUUCGCCGGCGUGCAAGCGUCCAACCAGCUGCCCAGUGAGUGCCACAAUGGCAAAGGCAAGGGGAUCAACUGCUCAGAGCUGAAUAUGAGGCAGUCUGAAGUACGAGUGUGUGAUGAAUCAACGUGUAAAUAUGAAGGUGUGUGCAAAGAAGAUGGAGGUGUACUGAAGUGUUACUGCCAGUUUGAGUGUGGAACAAAUUAUGUACCAGUUUGUGGAUCAAAUGGAGACACUUACCAAAACGAAUGCUUCCUGAGGAGAUCUGCCUGCAAACAGCAGAAACAUUUAACAGUAGUAACAAGAGGACCUUGCAUUUCUGGAAGCUUUGCAGACUUACUCUCAUGGAUCAACCCUAGACAGCGGGGAUCGGAGGGGACACACAGCCAAUCCAGCUGCCGGCGCCCAGCGGGAAAGAGAGAAGCUGUACUCUACCCUCGUCUGUCCGCUUCAACCCCAAGACUGAUCCCCAUCCAGUUUGGACCAUCGAAAGAAGCUGCUGAGCAGUUGGCACAGUCAUCUAGUGGCUGCACAGAG